AUGUCCACCAGUCGAAUCCUGCGCCCGAGGUCGGGAUUGACGGACACCAGACCACCGAUGGUGGUCGGGCGCAAACUGACGACCGGGCAAGCUUCAGCCACGAACGUCGCUGCAAGCGCCACUAAUGCGGGUGCGGUAGCAGCAGCGACGGGAACACCAAUGGAGCGGUUGAGAGAGCGACUGGAAGAGCAGCUGGCUCUCCUGCGCACGCAACUGGCGGAGCAGGCUGACCAGUACCGUAAAGACCUGGUGACGAUGCAGGAAAAUCAUCGCUUGGAGGUUCUCCAUCUGCGCGAAGAGAAUCGCAAGGAGCGCGAAAUGGUUGCAGGUCUGCUGGCGCAGCUGGCGUCAACACAGCAAACGCAGCAGCAGCAACAGCAGCUGCCACAACAGCGAGCAGGUGCGCACCAACAACAACAGUGGCAGUUGAAGGGCCAGUUGCUGAGUAGGCAGAACCAGCAACAGCCACGAACGGCAGUGAUGGCCAAAAAGUCGCGAAAGCGGCCGGAUACAAUCGAGGUAAUUCCUGCUGACGGUAUUAGCUACCUCGAGAUGUAUAAGGCGAUACGCACGAGCUCACAUCUCGACGGUAUGCAGGAAAAAAUUGGCGUUGGAAAGCGCACGCCAAAAGACACACUGCGGCUGCCGCUCAGCCGAGAUGUGGACAGUGCCGAGUUGUGCCAACGCAUCCGGCAAGCUAUCGGCGAUAAGGGAGCGGCGUCCGUUCGCACGGAGAUGGCCGAGGUGCUGGUUACAAAUAUCGACUCCUUAGCGAACGAGGAUCAGCUACGCAAGGCGGUGUUGACGGCUCUGGGCAAGGAGCACUCGGAGGCCACCAUCGAAAUGUGGGAGCGGCGAGACGGCACGAUGCGUGCCCGCGUUCGUCUGCCUCGGACCGACGCAGAUCAUCUGGCCGGGAAACGCCUCCUCCUGGGGUAUACCUCCUGCUGGGUGUGGGAGGUUCCGAAAACACCGUUGGCGGAGAAACGGUGCUUCCGAUGUCUGGAGCGGGGCCACUUCGACGGCCAAUGUUCGGGCGACGAUCGCUCCAAGGUGUGUAUCCGGUGUGGCGCGGAAGGCCACAAGGCAGUGACUUGCAUCGGCAAAGUCCGCUGUCUGAAGUGUGGCGGCCCGCACCCGAUUGCCUCCGCCUUGUGCAACGCAGCUGCUUCACGAUGA